AUGGACAGGCAAAAACACAUUGUGCAGACCGUGUUUCGUCUAGUCAGCACGCGCGUGGAUGAAAACUGCUGCUGCUUUGUGGAGGACGAGUCUCUAUUUGGACCUGAUCACAAGAUUAUUUAUAGGCAUUUCGCAACCUUGUAUUUCAUCUUUAUAGCUGACAGCGCCGAGAGCGAGCUCGGGGUUCUGGAUCUCAUCCAGGUCUUCGUUCAGGUCCUUGAUUCGUGCUUUGAGAACGUUUGUGAGCUUGACCUUAUCUACCAUUUCGACAGGGUGAACUACAUCCUCGAUGAAAUAGUGAUGGCAGGAAUGGUCCUCGAGACAAAUGCAGAUCUCAUCCUCACGUCGAUAAAAGAGGCCAAGAAGUUGGAGCAGGAAGGGUCAACCUUCGGUUUCUGA